AUGGCGGGCUGGUUCUCCUCGACAUCCCCGCUCGACGAGCAAGUUGAGCGGGCUACAUCAUCUUCCCUGGAAGACAUUUCACUUAACUUGGAAAUUUCGGACCUCAUUCGCUCAAAAGGUGUUCAGCCUAAGGAGGCUAUGAGAUCGCUGAAAAGACGUUUAGAAAACCGGAACCCUAACGUGCAACUGGCGACAUUGAAGUUGACGGACACAUGCGUGAAGAAUGGCGGUACUCACUUCCUUGCGGAAAUUGCGUCGCGCGAAUUCAUGGAUAACCUCGUAUCCCUUCUCAAGGCAGAAGGCGCCCCGCUUAACACCAAUGUGACGGAGAAGAUGUUGGAGCUGAUACAAGACUGGGCGAUGGCUGCCCAAGGGCGCAUGGACCUUUCAUAUGUGGGCGAAACCUACCGGAACUUGCAGAGUGAGGGUUUCCGAUUUCCGCCAAAAUCCGAAAUCAGUGGCAGUAUGCUGGAAAGCAGUGCACCUCCAGAAUGGAUUGAUUCCGACGUGUGUAUGCGAUGUCGAACACCGUUCAGUUUCAUGAACCGCAAGCACCAUUGCCGGAACUGCGGCAAUGUCUUCGAUGCCCAAUGCUCCAGCAAGACUCUUCCGUUGCCCCAUCUUGGUAUACUGCAACCCGUCCGAGUUGAUGACGGGUGCUAUGCCAAAUUGACUGCCAAGCCAUUUCCAGCUGCUGGUCUUUCUGAUCGAUCUGCGUUCAAAAACAACUCUAUCACCAAGUCCAGUGUUAUGGAGCCGCGCACAGCAAGAGCCGAAGGAGGCUUCGAUGAUGAUUUGCGCCGCGCUUUAGAAAUGAGUCUGGAGGAAGCCCAAAACAAGGGCUCCGCCGGGUAUGUGCCACAACCCAAGAUGGCUCAGGAACCAGUCAGGGUCGGGACCGACCAGUCAAACGUCGAAGAAGAGGAGGAUGCGGACUUGAAAGCGGCCAUAGAAGCGUCACUUCGUGAUAUGGAACAGCACAAGCAAAAUCAUGCGGCUGCCUUGAAGAAGACGACAACUACAGAGUCACCCUCUCUCAACACCCCAACCGUUACUACACCUCUGCCCAAAAACCCUUACGAAUUAAGCCCCGUCGAAGCCGAGAACAUUCACCUUUUCACCAGCUUAGUUGACCGACUACAACACCAGCCACCAGGAACCAUCUUGCGAGAGCCCCAGAUUCAGGAGCUGUAUGAGAGCAUGGGGGCUCUUCGGCCCAAACUGGCACGAAGCUAUGGAGAAACAAUGAGCAAGCACGAUACCUUGCUUGACCUUCAUGCCAAGCUGUCCACUGUGGUUCGGUAUUACGACCGCAUGCUAGAGGAACGCCUCUCAAGUGCAUACUCGCAACAUUCGCUCGGGUAUGGGCCCGUUCCUGGUGGACCACAAUAUCCGAGCAUGUACCCUUCUAUGCCUUCUCAGCCACCCGAUGUGAAAACCGGGGCUGAGAACUUUUAUUUUGGGGGCUCAAUCGCCGAGCCCGCCCAGCAACCCGGGCCUUAUACCCAAAGGGAACCCCACGAAAGAAGUGGAAGUGGGGUGGCUGGUGGUCCUAUGGGUCCUGGCAUGUACUCGCAACAAUCUCAGCCUGUCCCUCAUUACCCUCCCUGGAAUUCCAACGUGCCUCCUUCUGUUUCCUCUCCUCAGCCACAAAACACGACUCCGGCAUACCCAAGCAAUCCUUCAACCUAUCCUGUUCAAAGUACGCCAGCGCAGUAUUACACUGGCCCAACACAGCCAGGACAGGACUACAAGACUAUUCACUCUCCCCGACAACCGGAGCCAGAAACACCUUAUCAGCCAUCGCCCAUCGCGAGCCGGGACUCUCUAUACCAGCCCUCAGGGCCUCAGCCUCCGUCGGCACCGAGCGCACCGGACCAAGUAUCCCCCAUUGACCAUGGGCAGUCCCCCGGGUACCAGCAAUUCCCUGAGGGUCCCCAGGUGCCAGCCAGCGCUCAGCCUGCUCUUCAGCCUCAGUCAACUGGGCCGUCUGCCCAGUCCUUUUAUUACCCGCAACAACCUCCACCAGGCCCAGUGCCAUCGGCAUACCCUGCGCCACCCAUGUCUUAUGCAACAUAUCCCGCCCCCGAUGCCUCUGCUAACACGCCUACCCCAGCUAUGCAGUAUCAGCAACCACCACCCUCCCGGCCGGUUGUUGAAGAGAGUCUUAUCGAGCUGUAG